UGUUUAUAAAUGUAAGUUUGAGGUUAUGUUAGCUUUUACGCACAUGCUAGUUUGAAUUUAUUCGUCUCUUAUUUUCUUUCAUAUAAAAUUUAUUUUAUUAUUAAAAAAUAUGAAUACUUCCCCAUUCCAUGAUCUGAAUAUAUCUAGUGAUGCGGUGGGUGAUGGUAUCAAGUUAUUUAAACGAUUAUAUGAUUUUGGCUACAGGACGAUAGCAGUGAAUCAGGUCGUAGAUGAAGUUGCUACUGAACCGAAAGGAAAGAAAAGGAAAGGUGAAAAGAAUGAUGUAGAUAUUGUGCCGUUACCAGUCGUUGUAGAUUUACCAGAGGAACUUGCUGGAAGAUUAAAAGUACUGAAUAGGCUAACUGUGAGGCUUUCUGAUCCUUCACAAUACGUUAAAGUGGCUCAGUCAGAAAAUUUGAAAAAGUACCACUUAUUAGCUGUUACGCCUUUAAAUGAAAACACAUUCCAGCAUUUGUGUCAUACUUUGGAUGUCGACAUAAUUACAUUGACCGCUGCAGAGAAAAAUUUACGUUUCAAUCGGAAGUUAUACAACUUGGCAGUUUCGAAAAAUAUGUAUUUCGAGUUGAGCUAUGGACUGGCCUUGAACAGCUCAACAAAUCGCAGGGAUCUUAUCCAGCUGAGUCACACUCUCCACGGAGUUGGCAAGUCCAAGAAUAUCAUCAUUACCAGCAGUGCUACCAGCUAUUUACAGAUUAGAGGACCUUAUGAAGUGAUGAACUUAGGUUUACUUUUCGGAUUAAGUCAGGAUCAAGCAAAACGAGCAAUUUCGAAUCUACCUAUGGAUGUUAUAAAAAAAAGAGAUGGUCGAAGGUUCGGUAAGAAUGUUGUUACUGUGAUGAAAAUAGACGAUGAUGGAAGUUUGGAUGAGAUCACUUCCAAAGCUAAGCGCUUGAAGAAAACUAAUGAAAUUUUUUAACCUAGAAUAAUUAUAACUUGAGGUAAAUUGUAUGUUUUUGAUGCUAUUAAAAUAUAUUGACCAUUAAUACGGAUAGUGUA